GUGGAGUUGUGAAUCGUGAUGGAAGAAAUUACAAGUACACAGUAACUGCAUCAAAAAACAAAAAUUCCAUUUCCAUCCGAAACUCAAAGAAUAUCACAGUUCGUUCGUUCCAACCGAAAGAGCGUGCAGGGUUAGAUUUGGAAAAUUCCAUCUCCACAACCGAAUCUAACCAUUCUCUCGAUCACAAAAUUAGGGUUUUGAACUUCUCGCGAUUCGUGUGAUGAAAGAAACCAACGGAAACAACAGUGUUGAAAAGCCAGAUCAAGAACAAGAUCUAGGUCUCUAUUUCCUGGAGCUCUGUCGCCGGAAAGUGAAGGAGGAGUUGGAAGAUUACGACGGCGAUGACGAGAAGGAAGAAUCUCCGACUGAGCUCAAUACUUUGAACAGUUCCGGAGGUUUUGUUGUGGUGGCGACGGAUAAGCUUUCGGUGAAGUAUGUGAAUGUGAAUCUUCACGGUCAUGAUGUUGGUGUUAUUCAAGCUAAUAGAGUUGCUCCGAUGAAGCGGAUUGUUUACUAUUUUGAGAUUACUGUGAAGGAUGCUGGUGUUAAAGGUCAGGUUUCGAUUGGCUUUACGUCGGAGAAUUUCAAGAUGCGGAGACAGCCUGGGUGGGAGGCUAAUAGCUGUGGAUAUCAUGGGGAUGAUGGUCUCCUUUAUCGUGGACAAGGCAAAGGGGAAAAUUUUGGUCCAACCUAUACCACUGGUGAUAUAGUUGGUGCUGGAAUUAACUAUGCUGCUCAGGAGUUUUUUUUCACUAAAAAUGGGCGAGUUGUUGGCACAGUUUACAAAGACAUGAAGGGUCCACUGUUUCCAACUGUUGCUGUUCAUAGCCAGAAUGAAGAGGUACAUGUCAACUUUGGUCAGAAACCAUUUACCUUUGAUCUAAAGGAGUUUGAAGCACAAGAAAGAAUGAAGCAGCAAGUGAAAAUAGAAGAUAUUCCUGUGGUACCAAAUGCUAGUUAUGGAAUUGUCCGUUCCUAUCUGCUACACUAUGGCUAUGAAGAUACAUUGGAUUCAUUUGAUUUGGCUAGUAGGAGUACUGUUCCUCCUAUAAAUAUAGUGCAGGAUAAUGGUAAUGAUGACCAGGAAACAACAUAUGCAUUGAAUCACAGAAAGACUCUUCGGCAGCUAAUCAGGGGUGGGGAGAUUGAUGAUGCAUUUGGUAAAUUGCGUGAAUGGUAUCCCCAGAUUGCUGAGGACAAUACAUCAGCUAUGUGUUUUCUGCUUCAUUGCCAAAAAUUUAUCGAACUAGUUCGGGUUGGAGCACUGGAGGAGGCUGUCAAAUAUGGAAGAAUAGAAUUGUCAAGUUUCUUUGGGUCGCCUGUCUUUGAGGAUUUAGUUCAGGAAUGUGUUGCUUUGCUGGCCUACGAACGGCCAUCGGAAUCUGCUGUUGGUUAUCUUCUAAAAGACUCACAGCGCGAAAUCGUAGCAGACACAGUAAAUGCAAUGAUAUUGUCUACAAAUCCCAACCUGAAAGAAGCAAAAAAUUGUUUGCACUCCCAUCUUGAGAGGUUACUUAGGCAGCUCACUGCAAGUUGCUUAGAGAGACGAUCAUUAAGUGGAAAUCAAGGAGAAGCUUUUCAACUUCAAAGAGUUCUUAUCAGUGGUAAAAGAAGCUAGUGCUAUAUUUCUAUUGAUCUUCCAACUAUGCUGUUCAUAUCAACCCUUGUUUGGUUUUAUAACAAUGUCGAAUGAUCAAAAUUGAUUUUAGGGUAUAAUGUGUUGUCUCCAUCUAUGUACAUGUUGAUUUUCAUUUUAGGGAGAGGGUGAGUUGUGUAUAUGCAUGUAAGCUUGUAACCUUUUCAUAAUCAAAACGAUGGAAAUUAGUAA